AUGCAGCAGGGGCUGCAGUUCAUACCAUGUCCUGGCGGCACCGCUGGCUCCCUGGUGGUCGCGCUCAGCCGGCUCUCAGACUCAUCCGGCCGCCCCCCGCCGCCCCCGGCGCCGUGGCUCACCGAGCUGCCCAGGAUGCGCGGCUCGGGCGGGUUUCCCGGGCUGGAGGUCCACACCGUCCCUGCCGAGCGGCCCCGCGUCAACUCCCGGGCGAGCGAUGAGCUCCGUGAGGCUCCGCAGCAAAAGCAAGUUCAUGGUGACCAUGUGGUCCUCUUUGUGUGGAGAGGCUGCCACUGCUCUAAGCAGUACACCCGCAUCAGGGUGGGAGCCGAGGCCCAGGGCUCCACCACGCUCCUGGUAAGCUACAAACACUGCCACGGCCACCUGCGUGCCAGGAUCACCAUCACUGCCUACCUGCCCCUCAAGGGGUGGCCUGUGGACAGACCUCAUCUGGUGGAGGACAUGAGGGUGAGUCCAGAAGAGGUCACCAUCUACAACCACCCUGGCAUCCAGGCGGAGCUGCACAUCAGAGAAGGCUCAAGACCCUUCUUCCUCAAUACCAGCACUGCAGACGUAGUCAAGGUGGCCUACCAGAAGGCCAGGGUAGUUGCCAUGGGAUCCAAACUUAUCCGAAAAGCUAAAGAGGCACCAUUUGUCCCCAUUGGAAUGGCAGGUUUUGCAGCAAUUGUUGCAUAUGGAUUAUACAAAUUGAAGAGCAGGGGAAAUACUAAAAUGUCCGUUCACCUGAUCCACAUGCGCGUGGCAGCCCAAGGCUUUGUUGUGGGAGCAAUGACUCUUGGUAUGGGCUAUUCCAUGUAUCGGGAAUUCUGGGCAAAACCUAAACCUUAGAAGAAGAGCUGCUGUCUUGGUCUUGUUGGAGGAGCUGCUUUAGUUAUUAAGUUACUUAUCUAUGUCAAAAAUAAAUUAUUUGAAUGAGUUCAGACAAUAAUAUAGUAUUUUUAAUAUUGGCUUCCCUUCUUGUAGGCUUGAUUUGCCUGGUGACCAAAUUACUAGUGACUAGUUCACUAACUAGGACAUUCAUGGGAGUCAAGUUAACACAAAAAGAAACAUGUCACCUAAAUGCACUUGACGAUGUUAAAAUGUCCACCUUCUUAAACCGUUAAAUGAAAUCAGUUCUAAAGAGGACAGCAGGCCAACCCUGAAGUACUCCCAGUUUGCUGCAGAACAUUGCAUGCUGUGAGUGUCACGUAGGAGUCCUAUUUACCCCAGUUAAUUUAACUUUUUUCUGCCUGUCUUGGGGACUGGUUGAGUACUUCAGUUUUGGGGACUGGUUGGCUCUUUUAGAACUCUUUUAAAAAAAUGCAUGAAUAUAAUUUGUAAAGCCUUUCAAAUUGAAAGUGUAUGUGUAUGUGUUUAAACCUAGAAAGCUUACAACAGAGCUGCAUAGUAGUAGCAUUUAUUUCAGAAUCACAGUUGUAAACAUGAGAAAAACUUAAUUAUGGAUUCCAGUUUAGCUCUUCUGUAAUUGCAAAAUUAUAUUUUUGCUGCUGUUAUAUUUGAGUAAUUUUUAAAUGUCACCUUGAAAUAGAAAUAAUGUAUUUUAAGCACUAAUACAUAGGUAAAUAAAGAACUUUUUUAAGUGUGUGCAUUAUGUUUAUUUUCUUUGUAAGAAUUAGAAAUGUUAAACUAAACAAAUUGCCUAUAAUGGGAGUGAUUAAUGAUUUAUGAGCAAGCUGGUUUGGCCGGACAUUAUACACAAACUUUGAUAUACUACAGAAUACUUUAUUACACUUAUCAAAUUCUCGUGUGUAAUCUGAACUCACAUUCCAUGGUGAUAACAUGGUA